UCAUACACAAUGAAGAUUUCUAGCUUCAUCGUCACCAUCAUCAUAAUCUCUUUUUCCAUGUCGGUUUUCGCCGAUGAUUACUCGUCAAUAGCUCUUAAGAUACCGUCCCUUGAAGACCUCUCCGCUAUUGGAGACGAUCUCUCCUACUCGUUCUACCACGAAAGAUGUCACGAUGUUGAAGGCAUCAUCUAUAGAAAGGUCAAGGAAUGGGUUUACAAAGAGCCGACCCUUGCUCCGAGUCUCCUGAGGCUCCAAUAUCAUGAUUGCGUCGUUCGGGGAUGUGAUGCGUCCAUUCUUUUGGAUCAUGAAGGAAGCGAGAAAACAGCGAACGCUAGCAAGUCGUUAAGAGGGUUUGAAGUGAUCGAUGACAUAAAAGCCGAGAUCGAGAAGCAUUGCCCAAGAACCGUGUCUUGUGCUGACAUUCUAACCGCUGUGGCUCGAGAUGCCACAGUUUUAGCUGGUGGACCGUAUUGGACGGUCCCUUAUGGUAGGAAAGAUGGUCGAGUUUCGCUUGCUAAAGAGGCCGAGAUAGUCCCCAAGGGUUCUGAAAGUGUUACUAACCUCAUAGAGUUUUUCCAAUCCAAGGGACUCAACGUCCUUGAUCUAGUCGUCCUUUCAGGUGCCCACACGAUUGGACGGGCCACAUGCGAGUCAGUGCAACAUCGGUUAUAUGACUACAAAGGAACAAACAAGCCUGACCCGUCGUUGGAUCCAAAAUAUUUGAACUAUUUGAGGAGAAAGUGUAGAUGGGCUUCUGAAAAUGUGCAUCUUGAUGGUGAAACACCAGACACAUUUGACACACAAUACUACCACAACCUUAAGAAAAACAUGGGCCUAUUGUCCACUGACCAAUUGCUCUACACGGACUCGAGGACCAAACCCAUCGCUACUGGUUUAUCGUACGAAUCCUUGCUGUUUAAAAACCAAUUCGGCGUGUCAAUGGUGAAGCUUGCGAGCAUUCUUGACUAUACUUCUCAAGAUGAUGGUGAAAUUCGUGUCGAUUGCAAAUAUGUUAAUCAGUACUGAUGAAUGUCAGGAUAUCUAUCCGUAACGACUAAUAGUUUUUCCUUGCCAACUUCAUGUGUUUGUUUCGCUUGUAAUCUAAUUUUUAUUUAAAGAUCAAAUAUAACUACAAAGUUACUUACUA